AUGGCAGUUUCUGUUUCUGGACAGGUAAGAUUUUUGCGUUUAGUAUUUAUUGUUAACAAAAAAUCACAAUGUUAUUAAAGUUUAAUAGAAAUUUACUCUACUUGAUACUUUUACAAAUAAGUCGUUUUAGAAAUUAACAUGCGGUGAACCAAGUUGCGCUACAUACACUUGUUUGGAAGACAUUGCCCAAUGUGGUCCUAAUGGCUACUUGUUGGCUUUGGGGUAUCCUAACUGUUUGGCUUUCAAUGGUAAUUUCUUUAAAAUAUUGGUUCUUUCUUGUUUUUUACAUACUUUACCAGCGAAUUGAAUAUCCCUGGGCUUUUAAAACAAGAUCUAUAUGGGAUAAAAGAGCGUUACUAGUUAUUGGGAAACCGUUUUCAAACACUACUAAAUGACCUUAGCUAGCGGGUUACAGUACCCUCAAUAUUAUUGUAUGCUUAAAAAGUAUAUCCGUAAAACUCGAAAAAUAAUAUUUUUUAAUUGCAAUAUUGUUUGGCUAGCCAUUGAUACUCAAGGACGUUUUGUAUUGAUAGUUUUUUACAAUUUUUAGAAUAUUCAAUAACUUCUUUAAUUUUUAGAGUACUACGAUGAUUUUGACAAUAAAGGGAAAGAUUUUGUUACUUGCGCUACUUACUGCUUGCCGGAAUGGUUGGAAGUGUACUUUGAGGUACUUUUUUUAUUUUUUAUUUUGCUUUUGUGUUUUUUAAAUUUUACCAAAUUUAAAAUUAUAGGAACACAAUAACACUGUCGACUGCGAUCAGUUAGAAAAAGACGCCUUAGCUAGCCACGUUAAGUGCUUUUUAGACUGUGGGUUCUGUGGUAUGUGGUGGAAUAAUUUGAUUACGUUGGCUAAGGUUUUAACACCUUCCGACUUUUUAAACUUAGAUGUAGACUGGACCGGCGUGAAGACUUUCUUUGGAUGUGCAACUGGAAUUGGUUACUGA